GCCAGUCAGCAAAGACAGAUGAUGAAACUAGUUCUUAAAAUUUUGGAAACACCAGCGGAAAAGAAAAUGAUACCCCUGGCUCGACUGUUAGUCAUGCCAGUAUUGCUGGUAGUUUCAUCUUCAGGCUUGGCAGACUGCUUCAGUGUAAAAGAUGGAGGAUCUUCUUUUCAGCAACUGGCCCUAACAAUCUUGGAAAGAAUACAAAAUGUAGACCAAAGGGAGAUGGUGACAGAGAAACUGGCUGUAGAGAUGCUGUCUUUGCCUGUAUCAAGUUGGCACUAUAUAAUAACUGUUACUUUGACCAAGUUAAACAAAUUUAAGGAAGAUAGUAGUGCUUCCUUUGACUGGUUGUGCUCUUUGUCAUCAAUACUGCCAUUCACUACAUGUGUACCGGCGCAUAUAUCACUACUGCUGGGAUAUCUUCUUAUUCAUGAGUCAGGACACCGUCUGAGCCAAGCACUUAAAGUUGCCAGUGAUGUUGCCAGGGCUGACUCUUCUCAGGUUCCUUACUUGGUGCCAGUUUUGAUGUUUAGACUUGGACACCCAUUGGAGCCUAAGCUAUUGCGAGAAAUUUUGUACACUCUUCCUACGCUGGGGACACACAAGGUAUGUGUGCCUCAGAUCCUUCGAUCCUUGCAGAUGAUUGGCAGCACAUCAAAGCUUCAACCAAUUGUCAUGCGCCUUAUGACAUCUUUGUGGGAGAAACAGGACAGAGUCUAUCCAGAGCUCCAGAAGCUAAUUGCAGUUGCUGAUUCCCAGUGUUUAUCAAUUGGCAAAGAGACCCAGUGGGAGAAAACUGUUGCAAAAGCCGCAACUAUCCGAGAUAUAUGCAGA